AGAGAUAAGCCAAUCAACAGGCUCGGAGAGGAAACCUCUUCCUCCUCUCCUGCUCCUCCUCCCACAAAGGCGGAACCAAAGGUUUCGGGUCUAGGAUUUAUGGAGAUUUUCUUCCACCAUUUGGUGCAUCUGCUCGCUGUCGUGAGAAACAAUAGCUACAAUGCAUUCAACUAAAUUACGAGUGACGAACUGUCGGACCAAUGGGAGUACCAUCUGAUUUCGAGGGGGCGGGUUCCCUGCAGAAAGACUGGAAGGUGGCGGUGGCGAAGGCGCUGGCAGUUGGGGCUGCUUGGAGGCAGGUGACUAUGAAAGGCUUAUAUUUUCAACAGAGUUCCACAAAUGGAGAAAUAACAUUUGUAUUUCAAGAAAAGGAAAAUCUUCCUAUUACAGAGGAUAACUUUGUGAAACUCCAAGUUAAAGCUUGUGCUUUGAGCCAAAUAAAUACAAAGCUUCUGGCGGAAAUGAAGAUGGAAAAGGAUUUCUUUCCUGUUGGAAGAGAAGUUGCUGGAAUUGUUUUGGAUGUUGGAACCAAGGUAUCAUUCUUUCAACCAGAUGAUGAAGUAGUUGGAAUUUUGCCCCUGGAUUCUGAAGACCCUGGACUUUGUGAAGUGAUUAGAGUACAUGAACAUUACUUGGUUCAUAAACCAGAAAAGGUUACGUGGACAGAAGCUGCUGGAGCUAUUCGGGAUGGAGUGCGAGCUUAUACAGCCCUGCAUUAUCUUUCUCAUCUCUCUCCUGGAAAAUCCGUGCUGAUAAUGGAUGGAGCAAGUGCAUUUGGCACAAUAGCCAUUCAGUUAGCACACCACAGAGGAGCCAAAGUGAUUUCAACAGCAUACAGCCUAGAAGACAAGCAGUGCCUUGAAAGACUUAGGUCUUAUAUAGCCCGAGUGAUUGAUGUAUCCAAUGGGAAGGUUGAUGUUGCUGAAAGCUGUUUGGAAGAAACAGGAGGCCUGGGAGUAGAUAUUGUUCUAGAUGCUGGAGUGAGAUUAUAUAGUAAAGAUGAUGAACCAGCUGUAAAAUUACAACUACUACCGCAUAAACAUGAUAUCAUCACGCUUCUUGGUGUUGGAGGCCAUUGGAUAACAACAGAAGAAAGCCUUCAGUUGGAUCCUCCAGAUAGCCAUUGCCUUUUCCUCAAAGGAGCAACGGUGGCUUUCCUUAAUGAUGAAAUUUGGAAUUUGUCAAAUGUACAACAGGGAAAAUAUCUUUGCAUUUUAAAAGAUGUGAUGGAGAAGUUAUCAGCUGGUGUUUUUAGACCUCAGUUGGAUGAACCUAUUCCACUACCUCAGCUGGAUGAACCAUCCAUCACAGUAUUUGAAGCCAGAGUUUUCCUUGGAAAUUGGGAAAAAUCAAGGAAGAUAAAAGCAAGUUGUUCAGUGUUUAAGCAUGUUUUCUGGCUCACAAGAUGUUUGGUUAUUUGACAUAUUUGAAAAAUAUUUUCCAAUUUAUUGUGCAGAUGAUCCAAGAUAAUUCUAUAACAUUUGAAGGGGGUACUCUGAAAGCUAUCUUUAGUUGUUGUUUUUUUUUCCCACACAUUUUCCUCUCCUAUAAAAUUCUUCUAAUGGGAAAAACUUCUGCUUUCAGCAAAAUCCACACCAUUCUACUGAGUCUGUUACAGGCCUUGUUAUACUGUGAAAGUAAUGCUAUUAAUUAUGUAUUAUUUCCAUUUUAAACAACUUAACAAGCCUUUCUGUGCUGUCAAAAUUCAAGUUUUUGAAUAUAUUUUCAGGUCUCAAAAGUAUCUAACUCAUAUACACUUAAAUUUUGUUUUGAAUUAUUCAAUCAUUUCGAGUUUCUUCAGGAACAAGGAUCACAGGAACUUGUCCUGUGGGAGCUGUGGAGAAUUUGCGUGAAGGGCUGGGACUGCCUGGCCUUGGGAAAAGGGUACUGAGCUUGAAGUGUGCUGUUUUCUGAGUUCUCUGUUGGGGAAGGAGGGCAUGGGUAGGCGCUGGCCCUGUCACCACCUCUAUGGACACAGCAGCCCAUCAGCAGCCCCAGAGCCCAGACCUCUACCCUGGUGAUGACUUCCCUAUUGCAGACUUGAGUAGCGUUCAGCCAUUUCGAUGCCCAGUGGUGUAGUGUACACCUGCCCUGGGCCAAGUGCUGCCCGCAGUCGCCUCUUCUCACGGCAGGACCACAGCCCAGAACCUGGCGAGAGCGGCCUGAGGAACGCAGCCGGGGGCGGGACCUCGCGGGAGG